CCCGGGGAGUGGUUUGUGCUCGGGCCCUGAUCACCGCCGGCCGGCCGGACCGCGGCUGCGUCACGGGGACCGCGAGGGGCCGGCGACGCCGAGCAGCGCCUCUGCUGGGUGCGGCCCGCCCCGCUCCGGGCCCCGGGCGACUGCAGUCCUGGGAGCGCCCGGCCCUCUUCCGGCCCCGCAGCGGCGCCGCCCCCUCUCCCGACUUCCUUCCCUUCACGCGGCGGCGACGGGGACACGGACCGGCCUGCGCUCAGAGCCCGCACCGUAUGUGGGCCGGGGCCGGCAGUGCGGGUACGCGGCCCGCGCGCCCCUCGCCACCGCUGCGUGGCGCCAUCCCGAGUGCGGGGCGCGGGGCGCCGGGGGCGGGGGCGGCGGACCCUGUGGCGUCUCGGCCGCGCUCAGCCUUUAGAUCCGAGAGUCGCGGGGAGUGGGAGCGCUCGGGGUCCCCGCAGUCACGCCGGGGUGGAUUUCUCGGCGGGCGCUGCGGCCUGUGCGAGGCCGGCCCCCUCGGGAGUGCCCCGGGAGGUGGUGCUGGGCACCUGAACACCGCAGCCCUUCCUGCCCGUGUGUGGGUGGGAAUGCGAGUGUAGGCCUUGGAUCAGGGCUGAGGGGGUUCCGGCUGCGUGGGCUGUGCCUGGGACGGUGACCAGAUCCAACAUGAGUGAAGUUUCCUGCAAGAAACGGGAUGACUAUUUGGAAUGGCCUGAGUACUUUAUGGCUGUGGCCUUCUUAUCAGCACAGAGAAGCAAAGAUCCAAAUUCCCAGGUCGGCGCCUGCAUCGUGAAUUCAGAAAACAAGAUUGUGGGGAUCGGGUACAAUGGGAUGCCAAAUGGGUGCAGUGAUGACCUGUUGCCUUGGAGAAGGACGGCAGAGAAUAAGCUGGACACCAAAUACCCGUACGUGUGCCAUGCUGAGCUGAAUGCCAUCAUGAACAAAAAUUCGACCGAUGUGAAAGGCUGUACUAUGUAUGUCGCCUUGUUCCCUUGUAAUGAAUGUGCGAAGCUCAUCAUCCAGGCAGGUAUCAGAGAAGUUAUUUUCAUGUCUGAUAAAUACCAUGAUAGUGACGAGGCAACUGCUGCGAGGCUCAUGUUUGAUAUGGCUGGGGUGGCGUUCCGGAAAUUCAUACCAAAGUGCAGCAAGAUUGUCAUUGACUUUGAUUCAAUUAACAGUAGACCGAGUCAGAUGCUUCAGUGAGCUACAUCUCAUUAAAUCUCCAGAAGAUUGGGAUUAUCCUCUUCUAAGAAGCUGCUAAUACCUUUCAUCUUGAAGUUUCACAUAACUGUUGACCGGCCGGUCCAGCAAAAGUAGACAUCUAAAGAAUAUAAAGCCUCAAAUCUUUCUUACUGUCUCUCCUGUCCCAUGGAAUCUACAUCUGUUUGAACUAUUGAUUUAGGGUUUAAAAUAGGGGCGCCUAGGUGGGCUGGUACACAGGACUGGAGGGAGGGUGGCUCUGCCUCCCGGAUCCUGGCUGGCUGGGAUGCUGCUGGCUCUUCAGAGGAGAGUCAGCUGUUUGUCAUCCGCUACAAUCCGGCAGCCCCUCUUCAGUGCUGCAUAUGCCGCCUCUGUGCUGGAAGGACAAAUAAAUAAUUGUGUUAUCGGGGACAAGCAGCACACUGAUCCGAACAUCUGGCCAAGUGAAGCACGGCAUAUACCACCCUUGGAAAAAAAUUAGGCCACAAAUGUCAGUAGCAUUGACGUAUUUGCUGCAGGGUUGAGGGAAACCCCCAGCCGCCCAACCUCCCGGAACCCGAGAUAGGGUGGCGCAUCUGUCCUGAAAGAUGACGAGUGGAACCGAACCAGGAGUUCCGCCAUCCCUGCUUUCCUGCCGAACACAGGGCGGUGGCACAUUAUCCCUCUGGGGGCGGGGACCCCUGUUGUUUUGGCUCAGUUUUGGUUUGUUGGUCACAUGGAGCUCUUCCAUUUCGUUUAGCUGAAUAAUGAGUUGCUCCUGGAAGAGACAGCCUGUGUCUCCUUGUUGCUCCUGAAGCCCAUGCCCUGCCAUGGUGGCAGCUGGGGCUAUGGAUGGGAGGGGUCCCCAACAUGGAUGUGUUUCCCCUCCUCCAAAUGCCAACACGAUUCAUUUACAAGGCCCCUCUGCAACUGGAGAGAAAAUUAAUUCCUAUCCAUGAGUGGACUGUGAGAAGUUUUGCAUACGUGGAGAUGGUUUCCCCCCUCGGUGCUCAGAGCUCAUCUGUGCCCUGGCUCCAUGCCUUCAUCUACACAGACGUCACCUUCCUAAGCCCUAGGGGGCUCUGCUCCUUCUCUUUAAUCUCAUUUCAUUUUUAUUAAACAUGCUCAGUACCUUUGUUAAGAAAAGGCUUGCUUUAUCCUAAAGAUUAUUACCUUUUUAAAGUGCUCUUAUAUUUUCACGAUUUUUUAUUUUGUCUCUGAGGUUUUGUAUUCUGCAUUCUAGGGUAUUCUGUAAUUUGGCUCCUUACCAAUAUUAUUAAAAUCUACCCUACCAAAGCA